UUGCUGUGACGUUUGCCAUGUCGCUGUCUUACGAGGCGAUGACGCCAGAACAGCGGAAGUUGUAUGAGAAAGUCAAGAAUGCGAGUGGCGAGCUCGAUUUCCGUUUCAUAAUGUUUGGUGAUGCCGGAGCGCAAGCAAUCGCUGUAGCACUCAAGGUGAACACAACGCUCACCAAGAUCGAUCUGCACGGCAAUCAGAUUGGUGAGGUUGGAGCACAGGCAAUUGCUGAAGCACUCAAAGUGAACACGACGCUCACCAAGCUCUACCUGCGCGGCAAUCGGGUUGGUGAUGCUGGAGCACAGGCAAUUGCUGAAGCACUCAAGGUGAACACAACACUCACCAAGCUCUACCUGCAGUACAAUCAAAUUGGUCAUGUUGGAGCGCAGGCAAUCGCUGACGCACUCAAGGUGAACACGACGCUCACCCAGUUCGACCUGCAGGACAAUCAAAUUGGCAGAGUUGGAGCGCAGGCAAUCGCUGACGCACUCAAGGUGAACACGAAGCUCACCCAGUUCGACCUGCGCGGCAAUCAAGUUGGUGAUGUUGGAGCGCAAGCAAUCGCUGAAGCACUCAAGGUGAACACGACGCUCACCCAGGUCAACCUGCACAACAAUAAGUUUGGCGAGGUCGGAGCGCAAGCAAUCGCUGAAGCACUCAAGGUGAACACUGUCCUCACCCAGCUCAUUUUCAGCACGAAUUCGAUUGGUGUUGCUGGAACACACGCAAUUGCUGAAGCACUCAUGGUGAAUACAACGCUCAUCCAGCUCGACCUGCCCGGCAAUCAAGUUGGUGAUGUUGGAGCGCGGGCAAUCGCUGAAGCACUCAAGGUGAACACGACGCUCACCCAGCUCGACCUGCGCUACAAUCAGAUUGGUGAUGUUGGAGCGCAGGCAAUCGCUGAAGCACUCAAGGUGAACACUGCCCUCACCCAGCUCAUUUUCAGCACGAAUUCGAUUGGUGUUGCUGGAACACAAGCAAUUGCUGAAGCACUCAUGGUGAAUACAACGCUCAUCCAACUCGAUUUGGACUCGAAUCGGGUUGGUGACGCUGGCGCUCGUUCCGUCUCAGAAGCACUCCUAAAGAAUACGACCUUGCAAAAUCUCAAUCUGUGGCUUAAUCAGAUCAAAGACGCUGGCGCUCGUUCCAUCUCAGAAGCACUCCAAAAGAAUACGACCUUGCAAAAUCUCAAUCUGGCGGAAAAUCGGAUUGGUUAUGUGGAGGAAACGGUCUUGCGCCACAGUAUCCAUCCAACCUUGCAAUUACACAUUGCUGACCAGCGUCGAUCUGGUUCUGUUCGAUGCCGGGAAGUCCGCGUGGUCGUGCUUGGCGAUCCUUCAGUCGGCAAGACCUCGCUUGUUAGGGGAAUCGCCGACGGUUACGUGCGACAGGCGUUCUCCAAUAUAUUCAGUAUUGCCAAUUCCACCGAUGGCAUUGACAUUUCGACAGUCGUUCUUCGUGAGAAAGACGAAUCCAUGAUUUUGAUCGUUUGGGAUUUCGCUGGUCAAGAAGUUUAUCUGGUUUCGCACCAGUUCUUUCUUCGUGAACGAACAGUCUACCUGGUCUUGUUUGACGUGCGUGAAGACUUGUCACUCAAUUCGCGCCUUGCCUUUUGGCUACGCAGCUUGCACGCUUGCGUUCCAAACGCCGAUAUCAUUCUCGUUGGAACACACAUUGAUGAUCCGUCAUACACUUCGGAGCGGCAGCAAGAGCAAAAACAAAAUCUUGCCAAUCUGCUCAGCACCCUGAAAGAAUCAAGUGUUUCGUUUAACGUGCGUUCGACCGUCUACAUCAACGCGCGGAACUCAACAGGGGCCCCGAGCAUGCCGGAACUCAAGACUGCAUUGUUUCAAGCGGGACAAGACAUGCCGUUUUACAAUCGGCUAUUGGAUGGCCAAUACCUUGAGCUCAGAGACUCGCUACGAAAGCGAGCUGAUCAGUUAGUCGCCCAAAACAAACCGCCUCUCUGUCGAUGGCAUGAAAUUGUCGAGCUUGGCCAGUCACUGCGUCUCAGCGGGCGAGCAAUCGAUGCAUUCAUGGAGCUCUUGCGUUUUCAAGGCUGGGUCGUUUUCCACCGUCUCGCAAACUCUGCUACACAAGACACGUCCAAUGUUCCCGCGCUGCAACCUGCAACUCUCCUCGCUUCGAUGAACGAUAUAGUCAUCUUGAACCCUCAAUGGUUCACGACAACAGUCCUGACUGGAGUGAUUACUCAGAAACCUCAAGAUCGAUGGGUCAAAGAUGGCAUUGUGACUCGCAAGGAUCUGCUUCGAAACGCUUGGAAGGGCAUCGAUUCUGCGAUUUGUGAUCAGUUUGUGCUGCUCCUUCAGCGAUACGAGCUCUUGUACAAGAUCGAUGGCGAUCAGCCUGGAACCGAUUCUGGCACUCGCUAUGUCAUCCCUUCGUACCUGCCAGCUUACGAGUUUGACUCUAGUAGAUGGUCACUGAAGCCUGCAGCGGGCGAGCCGCAUGAAGUUGCUAUUGUGAUGGAGACCAAGUUUUUGCUGGAGGGAUUUUUCUCGAGGCUGGUUGUGCGCUUUCACGAGCGGAAAUUCCGUUUGACGGCGUGGAAAGAUGCUGUUCUGGUCAAUUAUGGCGGUCCUCGAGCACUGCUACGUGUUCAUCGCAACGCUUCCAAUGUGCGCCUCGAGUUUACCGCUCGCGGGAAGCAUCCAGAGAGGCUGCUUCCAACUCUGAUUGAGAUUCUUGACAAGCUCAGCGCGGAUUGGUAUCCUGGAAUCUCGUGGAAAACCUACCUGCGCUGCCCCAUGCACGAGCCUAAUGACAAACCAUGCCUGUGGACACUACGACCUCAAGUUCGGGAUGCGGUUAUCAACGAUGAGCAACCUUUAUCUUGUUCGCACACGCACAUCACGUUUCCAAAGGAGGAAUGGCUUCCAGUUCUCAGCUCGCUUUUGCAACGUCGCUUGAACGCUGUUUCGCAACCCACACCGGAGGAUAUCGAAGCGCAACGGCAACUCGAGCCGCAACCGGCACCGGCGAGCGAGAUCCAAACAGCAGCCACGCAAGUUGCAUCACUUGUCGCAGCUCAAUUGCAAACGCAGCUUCAAGCUUUUGCGACUACCAAUGCGCAACAUUUUACCAACUUUGCGACUGAAGCAGCAAGGAACUUGAAGAGUUUCCAGGAGGCUCUGGACGUCGUCUUUGGAUCAAUUCCAAACGAGGUCAAAACCAAUUCUGUCGAGUUCGACAAAGUUCUGAAGCGCAUUGAUGAGCUUGCCGACAGCUUGAUUUCGCGGCUGGACACGGCAGAAUCUUUGCAAAAGGAGCAGAGAAACGAAAUCGCUCGUUUUUUCACGAGUCAAGUCCAAAUGCAACUGGACUUGCUGGACAAACCAUGCCCCUUGUUGUUUGUCGUGAUGCCUCCGGCUGCGACCCGGAACUGGUUUUCCAAGCUCAAAGAACUUUACAAGUCACGCCACACUGCGCACCUGCUGUGUGCCCACAUGAAUUCCAACAAUCAGCCCGAGUGGCAUCGUAUCGACAGUCAUCCUGGCUACGAAAUUGCCAAGUUUUCAAAGUGGCUGAAAAAGUAUGGCCCCCGUGUUCGCAGCCUGCUUGAGUUUGUGCGUCCGUUCCUGAAAGCAGCCAGUUUGGCUCCUGGUGGACCAGAUGUAACGGAUGCGGUUGAUUCAGCCAGUUCUGCUUUGGAAGACCCGCUCGAGGCUCUGCCCUACUUGCAAAGAUUGCUCGACCACGCCGAUCAGAAAAGGGGUUCCAGCGCGAAAGGAAAGCAACCAGCGCCUGCAUCUGCUACUUCCUCAGAAGUCACACACUCGUCCCAAGAGGCAGCAAGGGAAUGGGCUGCUUUCCUGUCCAAGAAAGACGAGUACAAGUCCUUUGCCAGUUUGGAGCGAGCUGUUGUGCUCAGCACGGGUGAGGUUCGUUGGGUCUGUCCGAAGCAUGCGCAAGAGCCCAUCUAUCGCACCAGCUCUAUUUCGAACAGCUCGUCCGCCGGCUCCUCUAGCAAUCCUACAAGCAGCUCUUCCAGUGGCAACGUUGCUAGCAGCUCGUCCAGUGGCAAUGCUACAAGCAGUUCCUCCGCGCCAUCCACUUCAACACCGUGAUGCAGGCACGUCGUGUUUUGUUUUCACUUGCCGUCAAGAUUGUGCUGUUAUGUCUGAUUCUUUUCAAUUGUGUGCAUGUGUUGAUGUUCAAUACAAAUUUGAUCCUCU